AGGCGCAGAGGCGGCGGCGGAUGUUGACGGCGGCCGAGGUCGGAGCGGCGCACCCGGGGCGCGGACGCAGCAGGGACGCGCCCGAGGAGCUGCAGGUCGCAGCCCGGGCGGUCCGAGCCCGCCGGCCGGCCGAGCCUGGAGUAUUGCCUAAGUGUCAUCUUGAACAUGGGCGGUGCUGUGAGUGCCGGUGAAGACAAUGAUGAGCUGAUAGAUAAUUUGAAAGAAGCGCAGUAUAUCCGGACUGAACUGGUAGAGCAGGCUUUCCGAGCUAUCGAUCGUGCCGACUAUUAUCUUGAAGAAUUUAAAGAAAAUGCUUAUAAAGACUUGGCAUGGAAGCAUGGAAACAUUCACCUCUCAGCCCCGUGCAUCUACUCGGAGGUGAUGGAAGCCCUGGAUCUGCAGCCUGGACUCUCAUUUCUGAACCUGGGCAGUGGUACUGGGUACCUCAGCUCCAUGGUGGGCCUCAUUCUGGGUCCUUUUGGUGUGAACCAUGGGGUGGAACUUCAUUCAGAUGUGAUAGAGUAUGCAAAGCAGAAACUGGACUUCUUCAUCAGAACAAGUGAUAGUUUUGACAAGUUUGACUUCUGUGAACCCUCCUUUGUUAUUGGGAAUUGCCUGGAGAUUUCUCCGGAUUGUUCUCAGUAUGAUCGUGUAUACUGUGGGGCUGGUGUGCAGAAAGAGCAUGAAGAGUACAUGAAGAAUCUUCUCAAAGUGGGAGGGAUCCUUGUCAUGCCGCUGGAAGAGAAGUUGACUAAGAUAACACGCACCGGUCCUUCAGCUUGGGAAACCAAGAAGAUUCUCGCGGUUUCUUUUGCUCCUCUGAUCCAGCCCUGCCAUUCAGAGUCAGGAAAAGCAAGAUUUGUCCAGUUGCCACCAGUGGCAGUUCGCAGCCUCCAGGACUUGGCUCGCAUCGCCAUCCGGGGCACCAUUAAGAAGAUUAUUCAUCAGGAAAGUGUCAGCAAAAAUGGAAACGGACUAAAGAACACCCCCAGGUUUAAGCGAAGGAGAGUUCGCCGCCGUCGAAUGGAAACGAUUGUCUUUUUGGACAAAGAAGUCUUUGCCAGUCGUAUCUCCAACCCCUCAGAUGACAACAGCUGUGAAGACUUGGAAGAGGAACGGAGGGAAGAAGAAGAGAAGACCCUGCCUGAAACAAAGCCAGACCCCCCAGUGAACUUUCUACGCCAGAAGGUCCUGAGCCUCCCUCUGCCAGAUCCCCUGAAAUACUACCUGCUUUAUUACAGAGAAAAAUAAGUCUCCUGUUUGAAAGGGGGAAAUGAGGAAGAGCAGAUUGCUGAGUUUGAAGUACCUGGAAGCAAAUGUUGUGGGGAAGGGAACUGCUGGACUUAUCCAUGUCAUGGUUUUUUUCUAGUUCCUGACUGACCUCUAAAAUUUUAUUUAUAUGAUUUCUUUGCAUAAUUCAGCAAGACCUACAUUGCAUAGAAGACUGCUUUCCCAAAUUGGAGAGGACCUUCAUAGAGAAAAAGAGAAGGGUGUUUUGUUUUCAGCUGUGAUGAAACCCUAAAGUGUGCGUAAGAGAGACUGAUGACCAUUUCUGAUACAACAUGCAUGUUACUCACGAUAAAUGAAAACCGAAGUGGAAACUUAACUUGUGUUGCUUAUAAAGUAUGAAAGCACAAGCUUAUAAAUGUAUACAAUCUUUUGCGGGUGUGACACACCUGUGUCCAAGUUUGAAUUUUUAUGAUACGUGCCACUUAAUUACUGGCACAGAGUAUCACUGAACUUGUUAGUUUGCUAGUGGGGACACAUUAUUGAGAAGCCCUCCCUUAUUUUAAGUAAGUUAAUUAAAUCUUAUGCGAGUUGUCAGGUGUAAUUUUUCAAAGGAAAAAUUUUGAUGGGGUGGAGGAAUGAACAGCCAGGUAAUCUUUCUGGAAUUCCAGGAGAAUUCCAAAGAGGUUUUUUGUAUCUUUUUUUUUUUUGACACCUUCUUUUGAUAUCUUUAAAAGAACCACUGUCAAGUAAUCCUUAAAAGAAUAUCCUGGAAAAUGAAGGAAGUUUUUUCCUGCGUGUGAGCAGUAAGCAAAGUGACAUCUGCCCUGACCGCAGGGAUGAUUCGUGUGAGCAGUAAGCAAAGUGACGUCUGCCCUGACCGCAGGGAUGAUUCGUGUGAGCAGUAAGCAAAGUGACAUCUGCCCUGACCGCAGGGAUGAUUCUUUACCCAGCUUCAGGUGUUGACACCCCCCAUCCUCUGAACAAGUAGAAAGCAUUAGGAGUGCAGGAAGUAGAUUCGGGACUGUAUUAUGGACAGCCUAUGCUUUUUGACUUCAGUUUGCUAUUUUUCUGUGAUCACAUUAGAGUACUGAUUCAUAGAUUCUAUCUUUUAUAAAUCUGGAGAGAAAGAUUUGUUAGUUUUGUAAUUUUUCAUAAGAACAAAUGUAUGUAUUUUAGCAGCUGUGUUGCAUGGGAACGGUGUAACUCACACUAACUUGUGAGGUCGGCUGUCUCUGGGCCUUGUGUGUGGAGAGCUCUGUCUUACUAAGUGGUAGGGCUCAAAGUACAGCGGCCCUUUUGGUAGGCAUGUGGCAGGAUGAUCAGAGUUACAUCGCUUAUUCCAAAACAUUGGUUCUUUUUAAAACAUUUUUUUUUUUUUUACCCAAAGAAAAGAGUAGUAUAAAUUAUUAACAGUAAACAUAAAAUCAGAGUGUUGAUGUAGGAUUAAAUAUCCAGAUUUUAUUUUUACUCUGAAUCCUCAGCUUCUUGGGAGUCUCUGUGGUUUUGUCAGCUUAGCUGAGCUCUGGUUAUUUUGGGUCUUUUUUGCAUUUGUAAGUAACUGAGUCAUUUUUACUACACAAUACAGUUUGCAUGUAUAGCUGGGAAAACGUGUAUUGCUCUAGACAGGCCAACUUUAGCCAUUUUAAAGAAAGUUAGUUCAUAGUUGUUGCCUUUUAACUCAUAGUCAAGCUUCAUUCUUUCAGAGAGAGAUGUGUGAUUUACAUUUACUUGCUAAUACUUUGUAGUUUUGAGAUCCUUGUGGGCAUUAUUUUAACUAAUAUGUAGACACUUAGAUGGAAAUUUUUGGACAUAAUAUUAAAUGAGUGUUAUCUGUAAAAUUUGUUAGGUGGCUUGACUAAUUUUGUAUAUGGACUGCAUUUUUUAAAAACCGCAUUUGCCUUUAUGCUAGAUUAUAAAUUCCCUCGUAUAUUAGACAUUUCCUAGCAUUUCGUAUUUAUGUGUUGUCAGUUUGUGAUUUUAAAACCAGAAUUUGGUUUAAAAAAUAUGGUUGUAAUAUAUGUGAGAAAUAGUUUGGUGUUAACCUUAUGAAAAUAAAGGAUUGUAAGCAAGGUUUCCUGUGCACCUUAAACCAGAAAUUCAGUAUCAUAUACUACUUUCUGUUUUCAAACAGAGAAAUCAUAAUAUAGUCUGUAUUAUCUGUAAGAUCUAUAUCGUAAACCACAAUCUUGACAACUAUUUACUUUUGAGUAGUUUGUAUUUUAAUAUGUGACUUUUGUUUUGAAAAGUAAUAAAGCCAUAGACUUGUACAAAACAAAUGUCAAGUUUAGAGAUAUUAAGUAUGUAAUGUAAGAAUCAUAUAUGUAUGUAAAAAUACUUUUAUCAGUCUGGAACUUGGGAAAAAUCCAAGGAAUCUGAAACAUAGAUUUUAAUGAGCUGAUAAACACAGAUUACGUUAAUAAGGUAGUCAGGAUAUUUUAUCCUUAGCAUUGCUUCUGCACCCUGUGUGGGAUUCAAACUCUUGAAUAUGUUCUUUUCAAAACCUUAAGAACGUUUUUUCUUUACUAACAUGUAUUUACUUUCAGCAGAUAUUUGUAUUAUUGCUUGAUUAUGUAACAUUCACAGUAGAUGUAGAGAAGGCCUUAUUUUUCAUUAAUAAAUGUGGAAUUGGAAUGGA